AGCUGGAAAGAAAAACAGACCUAACCAAAUCCUCAUAAGCUCUUAUGUAAUGAGGAAGGCCGGUGCAGUGGUCAGCGUGCUCGCCUAUAACUCCGGAGAUCCGAGUUCAUUCCCUGCCUGUGUGACUCACACUGUGCCGCGGUUCCCCAUCUGCGUAAUGAGGCGAACGGCUGCCUGUGUGUGAGGAUAAACACAUGAAAGCUUGGGAGAUGCUUGGGGCCACAGGUGAAGUCAGUGUCCCCCCAGGCCAACAGCUCAUUGGGCUGAGGCAGUUAAGGCAUGUCAGCUUCAUAGCCAGCCACACACGAGGGAGCUCUGGGGUCAGCAUCAAACACAGCCGCCUGUGACUGCCCGAAGCCAACCAGGGCAAGGUGGCAGCCCACGCCCUUCAGGCUUGCAGUGGAGCACUGUAGCCGCUCAGCCACCGCCCCUCGAGCCCUGGCAGAGCCAGAGGUAGAAAUGGCGUUUGCUACAGAAUUGCUCCAGAGUCUCUUUGCUUCCUGUAGCAGCUUCCUGAUCACUGUACUGCAGCAGCAUCCACAAGGUGCUAGUGCUUGCCACAAGCCCUCCACAUAAUGGACCAUCACUCAUGGCUUCCCACCAAUCCCAGCUGCUAAACCUGCCAUUUUUGACCUUCCGACAGGUCUCGAGGCCCCCUGGUUUCCUUUGGCUCCGAUCCCCAGGUGUGUCCGUUUAGCUCCCCCCGGCCAGAGAGAACGCCGCUGGGCCGAGCCCUGUUUCGGGAACUGCUUUUCUGAUCUCCGUGGGAUGCUUUGUAAUGUUGUUCUCUCUCCCGCCAACAGAAUCUCUCGUUUCCCCAGCUGGAGCUGUGGCCCGGACAGAACAAGGGGAAGAGGUCUGUGGGGGGAGCCAGCAGGACUCCGAGGAAAGAGAAACAUCGGUGGCUCUGAGCGCCGGUGGGAUCAUGACCAAAAAGGAGGCACAGUGUCUUGAGGAGCAUCACCCCCACCGUGAGCGGCACCAGAUGGCGUCGGGAAGGCGGGUUUUCUGGAGUCCCGAGCAGAGAGGUCCCCAGGAUCCCCACAGGAUGGAGGAUCAGUGUGGAGCUGCGCUCAGUAAUUCCCCUGAGCAGCCAGUCCUGCUCCCAGGGUCAGAACCUCCCUUGCCCUCUGCGGGGGCAGGAUCAGGCCCUGGGCAGGCCAGAGUUCCCUGCGAGAGCCGAGACGUGGCUGCCCCUCACGCCGCGCAGGCGAGGGAGUGGCCUCAUGCCUGGAGUGCUGUGAAAUCCCAGGCCCACUCACCGGCAGAUGAGCCAGUCCAGUGUGAAGGGAGCUUCCCCCAGCCCACGAACCUGGCCGCCCACCAGCCCAAGCCCAGUGGGCAGAGGCCCCAUGCCUGCAGCGAGGGCGGCCAGGGCUUCAAGCAGCAGCAAAACCUCAUUACCCACCUGAGAACCCACGGCAAGGCCAAGCCACACCAGUGCAGCCAGUGCGGGCAGAGCUUCCUCCACCGCUCCCGGCUCACCUACCACGUCCGCAUCCACACCGGCGAGCGGCCCUACGCCUGCGCCCAGUGCAGCAAGACCUACAACCGCAAGGAGCACCUCCAGAACCACCAGCGGCUGCACACCGGCGAGCGGCCCUUCCAGUGCCAUGAGUGCGGGAAGUGCUACAUCCGCAAGGUACACCUGCAGUACCACCAGCGCGUCCACACCGGCGAGCGGCCCUUCCAGUGCGCCGCCUGCGGGAGGAGCUUCAUCCGCAAGCAGAACCUGCUGAAGCACCAGCGCGUCCACACCGGGGAGCGGCCCUACCAGUGCGGGGAGUGCGGGAGGAGCUUCCGCUACAAGGAGUCCCUCAAGGACCAUCAGAGAACUCACGAUGCUGAGCCAGGGCUGCCCUGUGGCCUGCACCCAGGAUCCGGGCUCAGAAAGCGGACACCUCUGUGUGAGAGGGGAGCCAAGGGCGGGUCUGGGAGCUGAUGAUAAUACUCAGCCCUUGUGCAAUGUUUAGGGAGCCUGGCUCUCCCCAAGCCUGGGGCAGGAAAAGUGAAAGGACACAGUGGCAGGAACAGAACUUGGGUCUCCUGAAUCCCAGCCCUGUUUUCUAACCACUAGUCCACAGUGCUUUUCUGUAGCAGGAAAAUUCUUUUGGCUAAAACCCCCUCUGAAUGUGAGUUGGACACAUUUCUCUGCUCGUGUAGAACUCAUCUCUGCCACCUGGAGCAGUGUCUCAGCUACGGGCAUCACAGCCUUCUCUGCAGCUCCUGCUGCUCUGAACCUCUCCAGCUGCUUUCAGAUCUCCUGGGGAUGUAGGUAGCCAACCUUGCUCCCAUUCCCCUCUAUUCUCUUACACAAUGGAAAAUAAAGUUUGGCUGAAUUCUGCUGGAAUGGGCCUUUUUUUUUCUCCCCAAGCCAAAGGCAAUUCAGGCAGCUCUCUCCUGUUCUCACAGCAGGGCUGUCAGCUCUGGGGAGCCAGCAUCUGCUUGAAAACAUAACCCUGCAGUGGAGCUGCUG